UCCAAGAUGGCGUCGCCUGUUCCACCCCCACCAGACUUAGCCAGUUCGGAGCAGGCAGCAGCGGUUACGAGCAAUGAUGCUGCAGGAGGUCUGAGGUCAUGGGAAAGGGCCUGGGCUGUAGAUGAGAUGAGAAAAGAAGCAGGGAACUGGUCACUAGCAGCUGAUGCUGGGCUCCUUUUACACUUACAAGAGUUUUCCCAGAGAAUGAUAUUGAAAGUCCAUGAGAUUGAAAAAGGUGUAGAUGGACUACUUCAUGACUCCAAGCUGACCUCAGUGAGAGUAAACAAUGUGUUCAAUGACUUUAUCAUGCUAGCCAAUACACAGUUUGUGGAAAACCGUGUGUAUGAUGAAGAUGUGAGCCAGGAGAGAGAGUCUAAGGAGGAAACCAAGCCAGAGGAACAGGAAAAAACUCGAGAACAGAAGGAAGCCGAACUCAUUCCCAAGGUCAAAGAGGCCUUGACCUUAGGCAUCAAUGUCAUCGAUGAUGCAUUUGAGAAACUUGACAGCCAUGUCGCUGACUCAGACUCUGAAGAUGAUGACGAAACGGGAUACAGAGUUGAUCCCAUCUUAGAACCCAAGGACCCAUACCUCACCAGGGCCCUGCCUUUGCUGAUAGGAACUCCGAAUUUCCUGGCAGACGACAAUGUUGGCUUAUUAGAGGAGGAAUCAGCACUUGCGAUCAAAACAUACUGGGGCAUACAUUCAAGCAAACGUGUGUAUGAUGAAGAUGUGAGCCAGGAGAGUGAGUCUAAGGAGGAAACCAAGCCAGAGGAACAGGAAAAAACUCGAGAACAGAAGGAAGCCGAACUCAUUCCCAAGGUCAAAGAGGCCUUGACCUUAGGCAUCAAUGUCAUCGAUGAUGCAUUUGAGAAACUUGACAGCCAUGUCGCUGACUCUGACUCUGAAGAUGAUGACGAAACGGGAUACAGAGUUGAUCCCAUCUUAGAACCCAAGGACCCAUACCUCACCAGGGCCCUGCCUUUGCUGAUAGGAACUCCGAAUUUCCUGGCAGACGACAAUGUUGGCUUAUUAGAGGAGGAAUCAGAGGAGGAAGAGAGUGACCAUGGCAGUAUUAGUGAAAGUGAAUCUGAAGACGAGCAGAAACCAGAGAAACAGGAGUCUUCAGAGGAAUACUCAUAUAGUGAGAGUGACAGUGAUUCAGACGCACCAAAAUCGAGACCUGCACCCAGAAAAAUUAUCAGGGACAGUUCUGACGAGAGUGAUGAGAGUGAUGGUGAUUUGUUUGGAGGAAAGGGAAAGAACAGUGAUGAUGAGGAAGAUGAGAGCGAUUAUACAGAUGAAGAGGAAUCAGGCAGAGAAAAAGAAACACAGUCUAAAGGGCCAGCUGACUUUGCAUCAGAACUGGCUAAGAAAAUUGGAGCUCCUACCAAAAUACCGCCGAAAGAGAGCGACGAGGAAGAGGAAGAUUACGACGAACCUAAACCAAAGAUGAAAGGAAAAGGAAAGAAAAGAACUGAAUCUGAGAGCAGCCAUAAAAAAUCAAAAAAAGGAAAAGAAAAAUCUAAGCAAAAAAUUCCAGAUGAUGAUGCUGACCCCUUUGGUGCCCCAGAAGAAGACGAUUCCCCGUUUGGUACCUCAGGAGGACUUUUCUCCUCCAGCAAGAGUAUGUUUGACAAUGACAGUGAUGAGGGUGGUCUGUUUGAUGACGUGGAGAAAGCACCAGUUAUAGAGGAAGAAAAACCUCCAAAGAAAUCUUCAAGUAAGAAGCCUGCAGGUGGAGUAGCCCUGUUUGGUGAAGAUGACGAAGAUGACGGAGAAAUGUUUGGGUCAGCUACCAAGAAGAGGAGCAACUCUGAUAAAAAACCAACGUCCAUAACAGCUCCGUCCACAAAGAAAGGCGUGGUUAGUAGCGGAGGUGGCGGGUUCUUUGAUGACGAUGAUGAUGAUGAGGAGGAGGAGGAUGCUGGCGGUUUGUUUGCCACAUCAAGCAAGAAAGCAGGAGUUGAAAAGGCAAGUGCUCCGUCUAGUUCAGCAUUAUUUGAUGAUGAGGAUGAGGAGGGUGAUCUGUUUGGGUCAGGUCCUGCAGUAAGACAGCCGGAGAAGAAAAAGAAGCCAGAGAAAACAAAGGCAGACAAAAAGCUACCAGCAGGGGCCGUGUCUAUGUUUGGCAGUGGACCCAACCCUCUAGCUGCUGCUCUGAAGAAACAGCGUGCUGCCUCUGACGAUGAAGACAGUGAUGCCUCGGCCGGGAACAAGUCUCGUAGCAGUAGUGUUAAGUCAAGUCAGUCACAUUCUUCCUUAUCCUCGCGACAAGUUGAUCGCAUCAAAAAGGACGGUCGGAGCUCAUCCAGCAACAGCCUGUUUGAUGAUGAUGCUGAUGAAGCCUUGUUCAGGGAAACUCCUAAACCAAGAGCAGACAGUAAAUCUAAAGCUAAGCCAGCCGCGUCGUUGUUUGGUGACGAUGAAGAUGAUGGUUUGUUUGGUAUGGGGAAGAAACCAGCAACCACAAAAAAGAGUGCAGAGAAACCUCGGUCGGGUAGCCUGUUUGGUGAGGAGGAUGACCAAGAAGGUGGAGAUAUGUUCGGUGGCGCCCCCGCCAAAUCUACCAGUGCCAGUAAGAAACCAGUGGGCGGCGUAUCCUUGUUCGGCGGAGCAGAUAUCCUUGGUAAAAAGAAAGCUGACCCAACAGGACCAGCUCCCACAGCCCAGAAACAGGAACCUACAAAACCACAAGCUGCUGUACCUAAAAAAUCUCCUCUGUCAUUGUUUGAUGAUAAUGAAGAUGAGGAAGAUGAUUUGUUUGGGGGCGGUGGUGCAAAGGCAGCCACAGUACCACAGGUCAGACCUAGUGCCACAGGGGGAAACAAGCGAGAUUUGUUUGGUGAUGAAGAUGUCCUCUUUGGAGGGGCUGAGGAGGAGUCCCCGGGAGUCAAUCUGUUUGGUUCUCCUGCCUCCCCAGGGACAUCUCCUGUGAAGAGUUCCCCUAUACAAUCAAAGGCAGCUCCUGCUUCUAAGGCUCCAGUUGCCAAGGUUACAAAGAAAGUGGACUCGGACAUGUUUGAUAAUGAUGAUGAGGAUGAUAUGUUUGGAUCUCCAGCACCGAAAGUACGGGCUACCAGUGGAUCUAAGGCCCCAGUUGCCAAGGUAACACAGAAGGCAGCCUCGGGUCUCUUUAGUAACGAUGAUGAAGAUGACGACAUGUUUGGGUCUCCAGCACCCAAGGUACGGGCCGAUAGCGGAGCGACACUACCUGUAGCUGGGGUGACUACGGAGGAGAGCUCAGAUGCACCAAAGGAGCCCCCAAAAUCCCGAAAACCUGUUGGAGGUGUGUCCAUCAUGGGGGGCAUCAACCCCUUCGCCAAUAAACAACGAAGACCACCCAGUGAUUCUGAGGAGGAAGAGGAGGAGGUGUUGCCAAAGAAAACUGAGGCCACUGAGCCGCCAAAACCAUCCAAGUCUGCUCCAGCAGCAAAAACAGGUAUGGGGGAUAACUCUGUCUUAUGUCCAGGUAUGGGAGGUAACUCUGUCUUAUGUCCAGGUAUGGUAUGGGAGGUAACUCUGUCUUAUGUCCAGGCAUGGGAGAUAACUCUGUCUUAUGUCCAGGUAUGGGAGAUAAUUCUGUCUUAUGUCCAGGUAUGGGAGAUAACUCUGUCUUAUGUCCAGGUAUGGGAGAUAACUCUGUCUAAUGUCCAGCUGACCCUCUAUUUGGAGUUGAAGAUGAGGGCGACUUGUUUACUGUCUCCAAACCAAGUCCCCAACCCUCCACGCUGUCCUCGACCAAACCUCCCCAGAUCACCGAAAACAGAGGAUGUCUUCAGCCCAAACAAACCAGUCAAAAAUUCAGUGCCGAAGCCCAAAUCUAUUCCCUUGUCUAUGGAUGAUGAGGAUGAUGAUGAUGACUUGUUUGGUCGUAAGCCUCCACCUGUGCAAAAUGACCCUCCAGCCAAAUCAAAACAGGGAGACUUAUUUGGUUCUUCUCCCUCCUCUGAAUCCGACCUGUUUGGUUCGUCACCACCUGUGUCCGAGGAACCACAAGCGGUGUCACCAAAGGUGAAGAAGCCGCCUGCUGGUGCUGUGUCUAUGUUUGGUGGAAUGGAUCCGUUUGCAGCCAUGAAGAAAAAACAAACAGUAGAAAGUGAAAAAACAACUGAAGAUUCAGAAGAAAAGCCUACAGGUUCUCUAUCUAAAAAGAAAACCUCUACCAAGGGGAGAGAACUCCCAUCUCCAACCAAGGAGAGUGACCCUUCAUCUCCCACCAAGGGGUUUACCCCCUCUUCUCCAACAAAGGGGCCAGAACAAGGGUUCCCAUCUAGAGGACCUACUGGUAAAAUAGGAAAACUGAAGGCUAACAUAGGUAUUAACCCUGCGGCUUUACUCCCUGGGGCGGCCCCACCCGUAAAGGAACCGGAGCCAGUAGCUAUAGGAUUUGACCAGCCCGCUGACGUUAAAACUCUACACAGUGCCUCAAAAGAUCGUGCCAGAAUACAAACUAAACGCCGCCCUCCCAGUCGAAUGGCUCGUCAUUCACAGGGAGACGGCAGUAGUGAUCUGUUUACACCAAUGUCUCCACCUGGUGGUGAUAUUGCCAAAGAAAAGCCGAAAACCGUUGUGAAUGAUAGAGUGCCACAGCCAACUUCCGAUAUUUUUGGCAAUGACGAUUUAUUGGAUGGUGGUUCUGCGUCAUCUGUGAAGGCAGCUCCUGUUAUUGAAGAAAAUGACAUAUUCUCAAGUGGAGCUUUCUCUUCUGGUACAAAAACCGCAAAAACAAAAAAAGUGAAGGAGGAUGAUUUGUUUGGCAGUCCGCCCAAGUCUGUUGUGAAACCAGCGCCUAGCGAGGAUGUAUUUGAUGUGUCCUCUAGGAAAUCAUCUAAGAAACCAAGUGCAAUAGUGACAAAAGACGACGAUGAUGAUGACUUGUUCGCACCAAAGCCGUCUUCUAAAUCUUCUAAAUCGUCCGUUACAGAUGAUAUAUUUUCCGCACCAAAAGUGUCAAAACAGUCGCCGAAUGACGACGAUUUGUUCUCAUCAAAUUCACCAACUAGCUCUAAAGUGCUUCCCUCUAAUGGCAUGUCUAAACACGAUCUCUCGGGUGAUGGAGAUAUAUUUGCUAGUACACCAAAGAAAACAGGAGAAAAAUCGGUAGCUGAAAAAGAUCAGAUGAACAAUGAUGACAUAUUUGCUGGAGCCACAGACACUGUGAAAAAAAUAGAAAAACCAAAUCAAGGGGAGGAUGAUGACCUUUUUGGAAAGUCCGUGGAAAAAAAGAGGCGUCAAGUGAAGCGAGCCCCAAAGACAAAAGACGAGGAUUUGUUUAAUGACAACACCGACAUUUUUGCUGAUGUUCCGGCAUCUAAACCCAAGGAGAAAAAGAAGAAAAAGACUACAACUACAGGCUCAAAGAGUUUAUUUAAAGAUACAGAUGGUCUAGAUGACAUCUUUGCUAGUGGUACGCCAAAAACCAAGACAACUAAAAAGGAGAAAAGCAAAAAAACAACAACAGCUGCUGAGAAAAAAACUGCUGUCGACUCUAAUGACAUAUUUGAUGAUCCACUCGGCAACAUUUAGAUUAUCAAUAAGAUUCACACAAGAUGGCCUCCAUGGAACUUAAAAUAUAUGACCUUGAACAAAUAACCUUGUGAUCUACUCGGUGACAACCUUGACUGAGAAAUGAUUACUGUUGUCUUUAACACUUGGCUUUCAGUAUAAGACAUUCUGGAGUAGUUUAGUAAUAUUUAAUUUGGAGGACAAAACAACUUCCCUUGACUAGAAAUGGAGUGAUUUCAUAGGGCGCUAUUGACCUCUAUCUUAGAUAUUUAACUUGGAGAACAAUAUAACCUUACCUUGACCAGGAAUGGAGUGAUUUCAUAGGGCGCUAUGACCUCUAAUUUAAAUAUUUAAUUUGGAGAACAAUAUAACCUUACCUUGACCAGGAAUGGAGUGAUUUCAUAGGGCGCUAUGACCUCUAAUUUAAAUAUUUAAUUUGGAGAACAAUAUAACCUUACCUUGACCAAGAAUGGAGUGAUUUCAUAGGGCACUUUGACCUCUAAUUUAAAUAUUUAAUUUGGAGAACAAAAUAACCUUACCUUGACCAGGAAUGGAGUGAUUUCAUAGGGCACUUUGACCUCUAAUUUAAAUAUUUAAUUUGGAGAACAACACAACCUUACCUUGAAUAGGUCAGGAAUUCAUGACUACUCUAACUAUCAACAUGGCUUCACAACCUCUGGAUCAGUGAAUGAUUAUACUGAGCAACAGAAUAGGUCUUGUCUGCAGUUUUUAUUAUCCUCACUAUAACAUGUACCCAUUCUGGACAUUGUCAGAAGAUUGGCCUAUUUUUACUGUGGAGAUUUAAUUCAUAAUGUACAAUGAUGAGUCACAGUCUAGCUCCCUGUCACUAUCCUGUUAUGGUCCACUUCCCUCUAUGAAUACCAAGGGUAUGUAUGUACAGUUCAUGCAGUUAUCUGAGUUUGUGAAUAUGUAUGAGAAUGCAGUUCAGGUCUCUUGGACUAUGAAUAUGUAUGAGAAUGCAUUUGAAUUCCAUGUGUGUGUAUGAAAAUGCAGUUGAGUUCUCUUGGACUAUGAAUAUUGAUGAGAGUGCAGUUCAGGUCUGUUGGACUAUAAAUAUUCAUGAGAAUGCAGUUAAGUUCCCUCUGUGUGUAUGAGAAUGUAUUUGAAUUCCAUCUGUUUUUAUGAAAAUGCAGUGGAGUUAUCUUGGACUAUGAAUAUGUAUGAGAAUGUAGUUUAUUUCCCUCUGUGAGUAUGGGAAUAACCACCCAGUAAUUUAGCCCAUUUCCUUCUAUCUAUGAAUAUGUAUGAGGAUACGAUACAGCCCAUUUCCUUCUGCUCAUGAAUAUGUAUGAAAAUACUGCCAUUCUCUUCUAGCAUGAAUAUGUAUGAAAAUACUGCCAUUCUCUUCUAGCAUGAAUAUGUAUGAAAAUACUGCCAUUCUCUUCUAGCAUGAAUAU